AUGACAGUUACCAAGGCGAGUGCGGCGUAUUGGGAAGGCAAGCAAUCAGCCGAGUCUCUGCAACGUGUUUAUGGUAUCUCGUUCCCCGAUAACAAGCAAAUGAAGGACUGGAAGAAGAUGAUGGAGGAGGCAGCCAAGCGCGACCACAGGCGCAUUGGUAAAGAUCAG